AUGAAGCGUUCAAGCGCCCCUCGCGUUAACGAUUUGCAAAGCGAACCUGUGACAAUUUGGACACUCGCUGACCAUCCGGCGAAAUUAAGCCAAGGCAGCGACGCAAGAGUGGCUUCUCGUGUAUUCCAGGACCUGGUGGAAGCAGUUUGGACCGAUGGAGUCAGUGCGACCAUUGAUCGUGAGUCCUUGGAAGAUUUAGCUAAGCUUUGCAAACCAGACAAAGGCGUAGCAAAGAGGCUUGCCGCAGCACUAUCCUCUGAAUCCGAGUCACGCAUUCCUAUUAUCCGCAACUCGCCAUUAUACCGUCACCUUGUCAUCCGAAAGUCACAAGGACGACUGUAUGCUCUUGCCGUUCGUCUACAGUCCACAGCACAUACAAUGGCAAUAUCUACAGGAUAA